AUGGAAAUUUUCCGAUCGAAAUUUGUACUGCGCCUCACGCUCGAGGAACAAUUGCGUGCCAUGCAGAAACGCCUGGCAGAGAUUGCGGCGAUUCCCAUCCAGAUUCAAGCCACUUUGGAGAAUGUCACGAAGACAAUGGAGAACUUAUUACCGGAACGCUCUCCUGAGAUGAGUGAUAACGAGAGCGAUUGUGGAUAUGAGGAGAUUGAGCAAUAUGACGAUUCUUAUCGGUUCGAUAAGAAGGACGAGGAGGAUUCCUCUUCAGAGAAAACUGACGCAGACGAUGUGGAUCCGUUGGACACGGAAGAAGAUGAUGUUGAGGAAGAGGCGGCUGCUGUGUCUUCAGCAUCUGUCUCUGAGAUUUGCGAUAACGAGCCAGAGUCUGGGUGUGCUUCCGCCACUCCCGAAGAUCUCCAGCGUCCCGACGGUGUCUGGAGCUCCUGGCCAUGGAGUGAACAACCUAAAGCCAUCCCGCGCAGAUCAAACUGUCACUUGGUGCCCAGGACGAGCAUGAUCCAGAACAGGAUAAAGCUACUGAACGAGAAGCAAGUGUUAGCGCCGUACACGAGAAGCGAGCACAAUGUGGGAAACUAAUUCACCACCUUAUUCAAUAUCUCUAUAUCAUUACUAAUUCGUGUGUAAGAACUUACUUUGUUUGGCAUUAUUGUGAGGAAUUAAUAAAUUUAUUGGAUAUUAAAUUAGUGAC